UGGCGCUGCUGUGCUGUGCAUGCAUGCCAAUGUUAAUGCGCUCGCAACUUGGCACUGCCCUCCCCAUCACCUACCUGCUGCUGCUCGGCAUUAACCCCUUCUUCUCCAACCCUAUAAAUCCACAGUCACCAUUGCUCACACUCCAUCGAUCGAUUGCCAUUGGAGCACAGCUAGCUAGCUUGAGGUGGUGGUAGUCUUGGUUUACCUCCUCGCAAGCUAGCGAUAAUGGGUAGGGAAGUGUUCGCGGCGCCGGCGCAGGCGAAGGCGGUGUACCACCGGCUCAUCGGCCACCUCCCGGUUCUCGUCGCCGCCGCGGCGCUCGUGCUCGUUGCGCCGCGGCUGUCGGCGCUGACGACGACGCCAGCGGCGAUGCUGGUGGCGCAGGGCCUCCUGAAGGAGCUGGCCGCCCGCGGCGCCGGCGCCGGAGUCAGCGCGCCGGCGGUGUCGGUGGCCGUGUGGGCCGCCGCGGUGGCGGCGUGGGCGUACGCCGUGUCGCGCCCGCGCCCCGUGUACCUCGUUGACCUGUCCGGGUACCGGGCCGGCGCGGCGCACGAGGCGUCCCGCGCCAAGACGAUCGCGCACUUCGGCCGCUGCGGGCGGUUCAGCGAGGAGAGCAUGGCGUUCCAGAAGCGGAUGCUGGAGCGGUCGGGCCUGGGGGAGAAGACGCACUUCCCGACGUCGCUCAUCAGCGUCCCCGUCGACAUGUGCCUCCGCACGGCGAGGGAGGAGUCCCACGCCGUCAUCUUCGGCGUCGUCGACGAUGUGCUCCGCAAGGCCGCCGUGGGGCCCCGGGACGUCGGCGUGCUCAUCUUCAACUCCAGCCUGCUCAGCCCCACGCCGUCCUUCACCUCGCUCAUCGCCAACCGCUACGGGAUGCGCCACGACGUCGUCAGCCACAACCUCAGCGGCAUGGGGUGCAGCGCCGGCAUCAUCGCCAUCGACCUCGCCAAGCGAUUGCUCCAGGUGCACCCGGACACGUACGCGCUGGUGGUGAGCACGGAGAACAUCACGCUCAACGCGUACAUGGGCAACAACCGCCCGAUGCUGGUGACCAACACGCUCUUCCGCGUCGGCGGCGCCGCCAUCCUCCUCUCCAACCGCCGCGCCGACCGGGCGCGCGCCAAGUACCAGCUCAUCCACACCGUGCGCACCCACCGCGGCGCGCACGACCAGAGCUUCUCCUGCGUCACGCAGGAGGAGGACGACGCGGGCCGCGUCGGCGUCUCCCUCUCCAAGGAGCUCAUGGUAGUCGCCGGCGAGGCCCUGCGCACCAACAUCACCACGCUGGGCCCGCUCGUCCUGCCCAUGUCGGAGCAGCUCCGGUUCCUCGCCACCGUGGUCCUGACGCGCGUCUUCCGCGCCAAGGUCCGCGCCUACCUGCCCGACUUCAAGCUGGCCUUCGAACACUUCUGCAUCCACGCCGGCGGCCGCGGCGUGCUGGACGAGCUAGAGCGCAGCCUCAAGCUCAGCCCGUGGCACAUGGAGCCGUCGCGGAUGACGCUCUACAGGUUCGGGAACACGUCCAGCAGCUCGCUGUGGUACGAGCUCGCCUACUGCGAGGCCAAGGGGAGGAUCGCCAAGGGCGACCGCGUGUGGCAGAUCGCGUUCGGGUCCGGGUUCAAGUGCAAUAGCGCGGUGUGGAAGGCGCUCCGGACGGUGGACGGCGGCGAGGAGGGCAACACGUGGACGCCGGAGCUGGACGGGUUCCCCGUCGACGUGCCCAGGGUGUCGCCCAUCGACGAGACCACGUACAAGUUCCCAGACAAAAGCUAAUUUGGCUCCUGAUCGAUCAGGAGCGCACGUUUACAUGCAUGGUUUAAUCAAGAAGCAGCGCCAUUAUUGCCAAGCUUGAUGAUUGUGAUGGGCCACCGUUAGGGCUUGAUUCGGUUACUAUUUGCCAUGGUUUUUCAUGUAUAUUAAUCUCUUCGAACUUGCGAGGAAUCCAUUUCGAUCGACCCAUGUACAACAUUUGGUCCUAGCAGCUGUCGAUCGAUCCAUGUUUGUUUUUUAUUUUAA